AAGAAAAAAUCGCUGUGGUAAUAAAGAAAUUCUCACAGGAACAACGGGAAUACUCCGCAGUAGUAAAUGGUAAUGAGGCAGCCGCCUUUUUCCCAUUCGAGUUCUCAUCGCCGUUUGACCUUUCCAGUUUCUACUUGUUGAAUCUUCCCAUUUGAAUCCCCGUCAUUCAAUCAACUGCUGGAUUCUACCUAUUCCCUUAAAGAAAUUGAAAUUGUAUGCGGUUGCUCCGCCGAUGAAUUCUUUUUCUGCUGGCGGCGCUUCCGAUGUGAUCCGGACCUACCAGGCCUGGAAAGGCAGCAACAAAUUUUGCCUUGAAGGGAGGCUCAUCUUUGGACCGGAUGGUAGAUCGCUUUUUCUGACCAUAUUCCUCAUAGUUGCACCUGUUGCAGUGUUCUGUGUCUAUAUAGGCAGAAAGUUGAUGGAUGACUUUCCUGAUCACUGGGGGGUAUCCAUUACAGUUGUGGCUGUUCUCUUCACAGUGUAUGACUUGGUCCUCCUCCUGUUGACUUCUGCAAGAGACCCUGGCAUUGUUCCUCGCAAUCUCAACCCCCCUGAGCCAGAAAACUUUGAAGGGAAUGCACAAGCUGGACCUGGACAGACCCCGCAAUUACGUCUGCCACGUGUGAAGGAUGUUGAUGUCAAUGGAAUAACAGUGAAAGUCAAAUACUGUGACACUUGUAUGCUCUAUAGACCUCCACGCUGCUCCCACUGCUCAAUUUGCAAUAACUGUGUGGAACGGUUCGAUCAUCAUUGCCCUUGGGUUGGACAAUGUAUUGGUGUGAGGAACUAUCGCUUCUUCUUUAUGUUUAUUUUCUCGUCAACGCUCCUCUGCUUGUACGUGCAUGCAUUUUGCUGGGUCUAUAUUAGAAGGAUUAUGGAUAGUGAGGAGACUACCAUUUGGAAAGCAAUGUGCAAAACUCCAGCCUCAAUUGUGCUCAUUAUUUAUACUUUCUUAUCAACCUGGUUUGUUGGCGGCCUUUCAGUCUUCCAUCUUUACCUCAUCAGCACAAACCAGUCAACAUACGAGAACUUUAGGUAUCGGUACGACCAACGGGUCAACCCAUUCAACAAGGGGAUAAUUCAAAACGUAAUGGAGAUAUUCUGCAAGAGUAUUCCUCCUUCAAAGAACAAUUUCAGAGCAAAGGUUCAAAGAGAGGCCGAGAUACAACCUCGAAUAGUAGGUGGUGGUGAUAGUUACAGUCCAAAUUUGGAUAAAACGGAAUUAGAAAUGGGAAGGAAACCGGUUUAUGAUGAUGAUCCUAUGAGAAGCAGCUCUGAAUGGGAAAGGUUGCCAAGUAGAAAUGACAAUAUUCUAGAUAAAAUCAACAACACACAUUCAUCUCCUCCAUCAGGAGAGCUUAGCCGGAGCAUAGUAAAUCCUAUGAACUCUACUUGGGGGCGGAAAAGCCGGAGCAUGGAUCUUCCGCCUGACAUUGUUGCAUUGGCAACUGAAAUUGGGUGCUCAAAUUACAGCAAUGGUGGACAUGCUCUGUCAACUGGGAAACUGCUAACAACAUAAUGAGCUUUUGAGAGCAAAACGAAAAAUGAAGAAUUGAGUCACAACCGCUUACAAUUUGCUGAGGUAAUUUUCAAAUGUUAUAUGGUGUGUAAAUCUUAUUUUACUUAAUUUUUUUAUGACAGAAUCUAUCAUCUUUGAAGUGUGAUUAGUCUUGGUAAAUCAAUAUGUAUUCUUACUGACUGCAUUUUUUAACAUCAAAUGUAUACAAGUUUAUACUGUAAUGCUUCCUCAAUAUCUAUAUUGUUGCUAUUAUACUCAUUUUGUCUAGUUUCUCGUAUAUCAAAUCAUACAGAGUAUAACUGUAGAACUUUCUUAUACAGAAUGGAGGAUUUUUACUAUGCCCCAAUAAACUUGUGUUUGUUUUGUCAGUUUUGUGUGAUUUAAUAAAAUUAAUUCGGCCAAUUGUGAUUAUGAUGAUCUUUUAUAGUUUCAUUUUAUUUAGUUUUAUGAACUGUGAUGAUUCCCAUGAGAUGUGAUGUUUAAGGUGUAGGAAUUGUAACUGAAAUUGGUAAUACUAGCACUGUUCUAGCUCAGGUAAACAGACCGUUCCGGAUUCGGUUUGAUUCCUACCCGAUUUUGUAACCUAUAAAAACGGUACCGAAACUGAACUGGUUAUGGACUUGUUUGCGGCAUCUGUUCUGGUUCAGAACCGGAUAAUGACAGCUGGAGAAUUGGUUCUGGCCCCCAAAAAACAGCUUGGUAGGAAACUGGGACCGUGUCCAAGCCCUAGUGAAAGACUGAAAGGGUGAAUCUUGUACUUUGAUCCAAUGCUGUAUGGCUGGCUGUCUUGACUAUUGUUUGUUUUGCGGUUCCCAGUUGGGUGCCCAACUUGGUGUCCAGAUCGUUAGAUUGAGAUUUUCCGGCUUUGUAUGUCAGUAAUGACUUUUAUUCCAGGCAGCAUGACAACGAGAAUAAUAUCGACUGAUGAUUUUUUUGUGAGAAAAUUAAUGGAAAUGCUGAAUGCAA